GCUGUGUUGACAGACCCGCUCGGCCCUGCUACAGAAAAGCAGGUCGGAACAAAAAUUGCACGUCCAAAACCGUGACGGACUAUUUUUACAGUGACACAAAACGUCAUUUUUUGGAGCAGUAAUAUCAUACCGACUAUCCGAGCUUGGUCAGUUGUAAUGGAAGGGGGAGGGGCAGCGGGCGUCGACCUCAGCAGGAAGUUUGUGUCGGAAUCUGAACUUGAUGAGAAGAGGAAGAAGAGGCAGGAGGAAUGGGAGAAAGUCAGGAAACCUGACGACCCAGAGGAUGCCCCAGAGGAGGAGUAUGACCCACGUUCCCUCUUUGAGCGACUGCAGGAGCAGAAAGACAAGAAACAAGAGGAAUAUGAGGAGCAAUUCAAAUUCAGGAACAUGGUGAGAGGAUUGGAUGAGGAUGAGUCCAGCUUCCUGGACGAGGUCUCCCGGCAACAGUGCCUGGUGGAGAAGCAACGCAGGGAUGAAGAGAAGCAGGAACUGUUGGAAUACAGAAGCGCUCUAGUGAAGCAAGCGUCAACCGAAAGCCGUAAAGAGCCUGAAAAAAAGGCAGUACCUAAACAUUCAGUGGCAGAGCAAAGGACCAGCCACCUGUCUCAGGCCCAUUUACUGGCUGGAGCUGUCAAGAGGCGCAGUUCCUCCCAGUCGUCAGACAGCAGUAAGAAACAGAAGUUGGAAAUCACAACAGCAACAGCAACAGCAACGACAGGAAAUGGAGACAGACACACAGAACAGGAGGAUGGAGCAGGAGGAGGAGCAGGGCGAGCUGAAGAUCAACAAACAGUCCCCGGCCUGACGGCGAAGACCCCCUCGGCUCCCCUGAGCUCUGGUCAAGGCAUGUUACACCUGCCGUCAGCAGCCGUGUGCGUCGGCGUUUUACCAGGACUCUGGGUUUAUUCUGGCAGCAGCGACUCUGACAGCAGCUCAGACAGCGAAGGUAGCGUGGACGCAAUCAUGUUGCCGUACCCCCGGCACAGCAGGGCCUACAGAUAGACAAACACACACACACACACACACACACACACACACACACACACACACACACACGCGCGCGCGCGCCAGAGCCUGUGUCCCUACAGGCUACACAAGUUCAUAUAAUGUUAGUCAUAUGCUCAACACACAACAAAUACACCUAGCAAAAAUGUUCAGUAUUCCUGUUGUUUUCACAGCUGUGAGUUAAACUGUUGCUCUUUCUCAUCAGACAAAGUUCAGCCCAUUAAUAUAACCCUAAUAAACAGUAACAUUAGGACCAAUUUAAACUAUUCUGAACUAAAUCUGUGUAUAUAUUUGUGGUUUUUGCUAUUGUGGCACUCAAACAUGACACCUCCACCCUUCCUUCCCUCAAUCAAAUCUCACGCAGUUUAAGCCGAGCAACCAAUCCCGCACUGCCUACCCCGACGACAUCCUGCCCCCUACACCCCCUCCCAAGCCACAGCGACUGCAAGCUGUGCUGUUGGUUGAGGGAACAGUGAUUGACAGCUGUGGAGCAAGGAAGAGACUGCUUUAGACUGUGUCACAUGACUCACACCUUUUAGCUAUCAGCAGCAGAGGAGAGAGAGAGACGGGGCAGGACACGCUUCUCUCUCUCUUUGGGUUAAAUGCAAAGUCUGAAUUGUUUGAAAAAUAAUGUUCUUAUUUGUGUGAUGUAAUGUGUUUUCUCAUCAGUAGUUUGUCUCAAAGUCACGUUGUGCUGGAAAGAUGCCGGACUGUUUGCUGCUGUCUCAGGCGUUGGAGCUUUGUUUUGUUGGUUGAAGUCUGAGUAGAGAGAAAUAAAGAGCUUUCCGUUGUA